AUGGCGAAGUCGAAGGAAGGCACGAGGAUCGCGGGGAGGAGGGACUGUCCUCGCGAACACAGGGAGCUACUCAAGGGCCUCGAUGUCUGGGAUUCCCUGAUGGUCGACGACUGGGUUCGGGACCACAACAGGGGCAAGAGCAGCGAUGAUCGCGUUUGGGUCGACGCCGCGAGUAGGCGACGGCUCAAGGAGUUCCACAAGGAGCUGCUCGAGGAGCGCCUCAAGAGGAACAGUGCCGAGGAGGACGAAGGAGACUGGGUGAAAUUCGAGGUCACUGGCGGCUCCAGCGUUGCAGACGAGCAUCACGAGUCGAACAUCGACACGAUGACGAAGAGCUUCUCGCGAAAGAUCGAUGUCAUCGCAUGGAGCGACCCUCAAUUCGCCGAGCUUCUCACCGAGCACAACAACAAGCUCAUGGGCGGGCAGUUUCCCGUCACACCUCGCACUCUCGCCGAUUUCGAGAAGGGCUUGGACCUUUCGCUCUCUUACUAUGCCUUCCGCGGCUGGAUGGAGAAGGGGGGCGCCACACCGGGCGCCUGA